AAAAGAAGAAGAACGGGUCGUUACAUUGCGGAAGUGAAUACUUUGUGAUGAUUAUUCUGCUAGAGUAGCCUAAUAAUAAAAACUGUCACACCGUAGCCGACUCACAGAUCUUUUUAAUUAAUUAUUCCGCUAAAGGGGGGAGAUGUGCAAUGGUUGUGUACAAAAAGAAUACCCUGACAGGGGAAGCAUCUGUUUGGAGAAUGGUUCCUAUCUGAUGAAUUACCUGGCCUGUGCCAACUGCCACCAAAGGGACUUUGUCUUGAUCAGUAAUAAGUCCACAGAAGAAGAGGAUGGAGAGGAGAUUGUCACUUAUGACCAUGUGUGUAAGAAUUGUGAACACGUGAUAGCCCGGCAUGAGUACACAUUCUCUGUGGUUGACGAAUAUCAGGAGUACACAAUGCUCUGCUUGCUCUGUGGGAAGGCAGAAGACUCCAUCAGUGUGCUGCCAGACGAUCCCAGACAGUCUGCCCCUCUCUUUUAGACCUGCAGCUCAGCAAGCUUACAGCCAAGACAAACCAGCAGCAUCUCACCUUAAGAAGGCUGUGCAAGUAUCGCGUCACAGACCACACUGCAUUGGUUCUCUCAUAUCUACACUAGAGAUAGUAUCCAUUUUCAUCUCAGAUUUAGUAUGUGGUGAAAAUAUCAGUGAGUGUGAAAGUGGUAACUUCUUUAACAAGAUUUGGAGCCAAGGAGAAUAUAGAUCACAUGCAGGGGAAGCAGAUUCAUUCUGGACCUCUGUCAUGUUGAUAAGCUCAGUCAGUGAAUACAUUUUGGGGAAAUGUCUAUUGAACUUCUGAGAAAGAAAGGUUUUGUAUGAAUUGUUUAAUCUUGGAAUCAAAAUGUCAGUUUGUGUCAAUGCAGCUGUAACAAUGGGAAGAAAAAAUAAUUGUAUAAAAUAAACUUUUUUUCAUGUA